CACUGACGGGUUUCUAUCUGAAGCGGUAAGCCCCAUCACCGGUGUGGACUUGGAAAUCCACAGAGUACAGAACCGGUGAGUCGGAAUGGGACGAAUUGGUCAGGGGAUCGUCAGGUUUGCAAUUCUGAAACCAAGGCUUGAAUGCGGUGACAAAAAUCUUGGGUCCCUCCUGGCUGCGUCGAUCCAGUUAUGCAGCAGUGAUGCUUCGGAAUUGGGGCGCCUGCAGCAGCCUCAAAAUGUGGGGGAUUGUCGGAAGCUCUGUGUGGGCAAAUGGGAAAAGAUGCCAUCUUCCUUGUGGAGGCAGAUGGCUAUUUUUGCGCGGCGCAAGAGAUCUUUUGUUGCGCAGAGCGGGGGAGGAUUUAUUAGAAAUAAUCACGGUGUUGACCCAACUGAGUUACUGCGCCGAGCCAGCAAGCUUUUGUGUUCUCUAGGGCAGGGACGAUCACACCUCCUGCUUCUUGCGGCAGCCACAAAAUUAGCCACCGUCGACCAGCCCCAACAAGAGGAAGCAGACAGAAGAAGCUAUUCGCAAUCUCAUCGAGCAAGGUCCGAUGUUGUAGGUGGCCAUCACGUCAGUCUAGCACACUCAAAUGUGGAACAUCUCACGGAUCGCACGGCGAUCUCCUCAUUUUUUGCCUGGUGUAACCCUGAUCUGAUGAUCGGCUGAGUUGCCUGCCUCGCUGCCAAGACCAGUUGCCUGCCGGCAAGUGUUGGCCCAUGCGUGCCCCACCAAAAUUUCCAACACCGCGGGGCAGCUGUUUGAUGCAAUGAGCCUUCAGAUCACAAGCAUCAAGUUCACUUUCAUACUCUUACCUCUUACCACCAAAACCAGCCCUUCAAGCAGCGCACGUCGUCUAUUCUUGAAUCAUUUCAAAUUGCAGUACAACCCACUCUACACUUCUCAACAACCAACAUACCAAUUCACCAUGUCCGCCACACCCUUCGACGAAGAUGACGACCCCAUCAUGGCCGAGUACAACCUCUUCGUCAAGCCCCCCCUUCCCGAAAACCGCAAGCUCGUCCUCCUCCAGUUCUUCAACAAGACCGCCACCGACCCCUCCACCCUCCGCAUCCCCCACAUCAUCGGAAUGCGCCACAAGCCCGAGUCCGGUUUCUACGAGGUAGACCUCCCAAUGGACAUCAACACGGCCUACGACCGCAACAAAGGCGUAGAGAUGGGCACCGCCCUCACCAAGUCUCUCGAGGCGAAAAAGGGCGGCACGCACGGUUUGGCGGGUGGAUUCAGCUCCGUAGGUCCCGCCGCGACAGCAGCAAGCAGAGGUCGGCGGAUGGCCCCUGGUGAGGAGGAAUCGCCACGGAUGAACUUCGAGGAGGCCGCGAGGAAGAACAUGGUGCUCAAGACGCAGACGCUGAGCGGGCAUCGCAUUGCGAACGAAAACGUACCUCACAGUUAUGUUGGUGUCUUCAAGGGCAAUAACAUCCACCUAACCCCCUUCAGCGACACCGUCAACCUCCGCCCCUUCCAACCGCACCUUGAUGCCGUCACCGAGCAAGAACGCCUCAACCGUCCCAACCCAAACGCACCCCAAGACGCCGCCCCCGGCGCCCGCGCCCCAGGCCGCGCAAUCCAAAUGUCUCUCAAGUCAGCCAUGGACGGCGUGGCGACUGACACUAUGGCUGACCGGACGCACAAGGUCCAGCUGGAAAAGUGGCAGCACUUGGAUUACAUGCCCGACGACACGAACGGUGCCUGGCAGGCCUACAGGGAGAACCUCUUGUUGGUUCCAGAACAGGAUUUGGAAGGGGUCAACAAGGAGGGGACGAAGGAGGAUGCAAAGGGCAAGACGAAGGAGGUGGCCGAUGAGAGGGAUAAGAUCUGUGCCAUGCCCGAUCUUGUCGACAAGGUUGCGCAUUUGAGGACAGACUGGGAUGAGGAGAAGUAUAUCAAGAUUAUAACGGAAAAGUGGUAGUUUUUGGCAUUUGGGCAAGGUGUCUUGGUGGUUGUCGUAAAGGUGGAGUUUAAUGGCGUUUUUUGUGUUUUGGGGGCUACUUCAUAGAAAGGGAAGGUUUUACUAGUAUAAAGUAUAAUCGAUACCCUCCCCGUCUUUCAAUCGAACAUAAGAGACUAAGG